AUGAUGUCCUCCAAUAUAUUGUCCCGGUUUCUACCCCCAACGGGCUCGCCAUCGGUCUACGAGACUAUUCGCCAACACGACGCGGGAUCUGAAUACUCGGAUGUUGAAGAGCGUGCAGGAUUGGUUAUGGAGGAUCAUCGGGAACAAUUUAGUGACCGGGAGCUGGAGGAUGCACUGGCAGAUGCCCAAGACAGCGAGAUAAUCAGUCCUAGUACUGCACUGCUCGCUCAGGCACGGUCGGGGAAAGCACCUGCGCAACGGGCUUCUCCAUUUGGCACUCGUCGUCGCAGGGCAUCCCGACCCCGAUGGAUGGGGCAAGAAUCAUCACUCGGCUAUGAGCUCAAUGAUCAUGAUGAAGAUGUCCCUCAGUCGCUGCUAGUAGAAGGCCAUCGUGAAGAUUUAAAAUCGCGCUUGCCUCCUCCUCCCCGGUCUCAUGAUCGCCCGGAUCGACGAAGUUCUCCCAGUACCGAACCAUCCCCGCUACCUGCCAGAACACCUUGGAAUGAACAACGACCUCCUCAGCCACCUGAUGAUAGCGGCCAUCCAAUAGGAAGAUGGUUCGCUGGGCAGCAUCCAGGUCUUGCCAAUAUUGACCCCAAAAAGAAGGCAAUGUGGCGAUGGGCAAAUGUGGAGGAUUUGGACAACUUCUUGAAGGAUGUCUAUACAUACUUCUUAGGGAACGGGAUUUGGUCUAUAAUGUUGACACGGGUGCUGAAUCUCUUGACAUUUGCAUUCGUCGUUGGGUUUUCAACAUUUUUAACUAAUUGCAUUGAUUAUCCUAAAGUCCGACGGAGUAAGACUUUAGAUGAAAUCCUCGUUCCACAGUGCACAGCAAAUAUGUCCGGAUCGUCUACAUUUUUGUUGUGGCUCUGCAGCUUCUUCUGGAUUGGGAAGCUCUUCCAGUAUCUGCUAGAUAUUCGCAGACUCAAACACUUGCAUGAUUUCUAUCUCCACUUGCUUGGUGUUUCCGAUGCCGAGGUACAAACGAUUUCAUGGCAAGAAGUAGUCAGCCGAUUGAUGGCGCUGAGAGACUCGAAUCCAUCUACUGCAGCCGCAGUCUCUCCCAAACAUCGGAGAUUUCUGGGUAGCCAGUCGAAACAACGAAUGGAUGCCCACGACAUUGCCAACCGCCUCAUGCGCAAGGAGAACUAUAUGAUCGCAUUGGUGAACAAAGAUAUUUUGGAUCUCACGCUUCCAAUUCCAUUUCUUAAAAACCGACAAUUAUUCUCCCGAACAAUGGAAUGGAAUCUCAAUCUUUGUGUCAUGGACUACGUCUUUAAUGAACAAGGCCAACUGCGAACGUUGUUUCUCAAAGACACCCACCGAAGGGCCCUGAGUGAUGGAUUGCGUCGGCGCUUUGUUUUCGCUGGUGUUAUGAACAUUUUUGUAGCGCCCUUUAUUGUCGUCUAUUUCAUGAUGCACUACUUCUUCCGAUACUUCAAUGAGUUCAAGAAAAACCCGGGACAAAUCGGUUCUCGCCAAUAUACACCUAUGGCAGAAUGGAAAUUCCGCGAGUUCAAUGAGCUCUGGCAUCUCUUUGAGCGUCGGAUCAACAUGUCGUAUCCAUUCGCCAGCCGCUACGUUGAUCAAUUCCCGAAGGAUAAGACUAUUCAAGUAGCGAGAUUUGUUGCUUUCAUUUCUGGGGCUCUUGCCUCGGUACUGGCUCUCGCAUCGGUCAUCGACCCAGAGCUCUUCCUUGGAUUCGAAAUUACUCCUGACCGGACUGUUCUAUUCUACCUUGGUAUCUUUGGUACAGUGUGGGCUUUUGCGCGAGGACUGGCACCUGAAGAGACCGAUGUUUUCGAUCCGGAGUACGCACUCCUCGAACUGAUCGAUUUUACACAUUACUUCCCCUCCGGGUGGAAGGGACGUCUGCAUAGCGACGACGUGCGAAAAGAAUUCGCAAUUCUUUAUCAGAUGAAGAUUGUGAUCUUCCUAGAAGAAAUCCUGAGCAUGAUCUUCACCCCUUUCGUCCUGUGGUUUAGCUUGCCCAAGUGCAGUGACCGCCUCAUUGAUUUCUUCCGGGAGUUCACAGUGCACGUUGACGGGGUAGGGUAUCUCUGCUCUUUCGCCGUCUUUGAUUUCAAGAAGGGGACAAACGAGCUUUCCCAGGCUGGAACUGGACGCCGAGACCCCGGUAAACAAGAUCUACGCACCGAUUACUUUUCAACCAAAGAUGGGAAGAUGCUAGCUUCCUACUAUGGCUUCUUGGAUAACUAUGGUGCCAACCAUCAACCGACUAGCCGGCGGCCAUUCCACCCCCCGCCAACCCUACCUACCCUUGGCUCACCCUGUGCAGCUGACUUCGGUGCGCUUCCCGACCGUCAUGACCAUCUUCAGCUGCGCCCUGGGCCAUUCGGUCCUCAAUCACUGAUGGGUGCCUCCAAAUUGAAACCAAUAGGAGGAUUCGACCCUCGCUCUCCCGCUCCAUCUAUUCUCCUCGACCUGCACCACCAACCCUCAACCUCCGAAUUCAGGACCGCCGCCCGAACUACCUCUCAUCAACACCAGCGCUCCAAGCUUGGACGCCUUCAGCGCCCGUCUACUGACCCCAUAGACGAUGAGGAAGAGCCAUUGUCUGAGGCAGAUCAUGGCUCCGCAACUCGACAGUCCGGUAUUCGUACUGGUGCCUCCAGUGCUGGCGCAGGCACCAGCGACAGCAACCUUGGCGAUUCUUGGCGCAUGAACCCACUCGGCAAGGAAGAUGAUAUAAACGAGGGCAAUGAAGAUGAAAAUAUUGAUGCCAUCGCUGGUGGAGGCGGCGUCCUAGGCUUGAUACAGCAAUUCCAGAAAGCUAAUACUGAAGGCCGACGGACGACUGUGGGGAUUUAG